ACUACGCUUCUCCUCUUCAACACUAUAAAACCGAGAUAAUACACACACGCACGCACGCACGCGCACUGUUCAUCACUAGACGAUACUUAUUCAGUUUCGAAAUUCACAGGGCGAAAAGGAAGAAGCCGAGAGACUGAUGAGAAGAACAUUCAUGACGCGAUCGAAAUCGCUUCCGAUUAGGUCUUCGCGCAAGUCUCUCGAUCCCUAUCAUCCAUCCCCCGCAUCGCUUCCGGAGGAAGCUAAUCAAGGAGUUAGCAACAAACGGUAUCCUCCGCAGAUUGAAAUCGGCGAUGAUGAUGUCGAGAUUGUUACAGAUGCGUUUGAUGGAAGGGAUAAGAAGCGUCACUGUGUUGGGACAAGUGAGCCGUUGAACUUAGAGGCUUGCAUCGUAUGUGAAACUUCAGAUGAAUUGGUGUACCGUUGUUGUGGCGCUGACUGUCUUCUUUGGUUUCAUGAGGAGUGUUUGAAUGCGGAGUUCGGUAGUGGUGGUGGUGGUGAGGAUCCUGCGAAUCCGUUUUGUCCUUACUGCUGGUUUCAGAUUCUAGCAGUGGAGUCCAUACGGUUGAAAGAGAAGGCCGUUGGAGCUGAAAUGGCGGUGUUCAAGUAUAUUCUAGACGAAGAGAUGAGAAGCAGAGGUGAGGUGGACGAGAGGGUUCCCAAAGGUCAAGAGGAUUCAGUGGACGCUACAGACAUUGUAAGUGAUCAGGAGGUAGAAGCAGAGAAGGUUGCCUAUUCAUCAAAAGUGGAUGAGAAGGAUUCUGAUGAAUCAAGAGGUGAGGACAUGGCAUUGGUUGAGGAAACCGAUCAAUCAGAAGGAGAAAAAGAGAAUUUUGAAGUGCGUACUGAUAAAGUGGAAGAUGACGAAGAGAGAGUAGUUACUGAAAAUUUUCAAGACGCUGAGGAUGACGAAACAGCUGGAGAUAAAACUACAGGCAAUACAUGUGCAGGGAAAGAGAGAGAUGUUUCACCGUUUCUGUCUAUGCAAGAAUCGUUUUCAGGAAAAGAACACGAUCAGGUCCAACAGAGCGAGAAGCGGAGAAGAAAACGACGGUUGAUACUGAAUGCUUUUGAUAGUGACGUCUCAUCAAAUGGUUCAACUAACGAACCGAAUGGAGAAGAUGCAGCUGAGCAAAUGACUUCAUUGACUUUAGUAGUAACCUCCCCGCUAGGGAUGACGAAGAACCACCAGAGAGAAGAUAGCAGAACAACCAAAGUGGAUAACUCAAAAACAGUGAGGGACAUUCCGAUAUUUAAGAUGGAUCAGAAAAGGAGGCUAUUGUGGACGCCUGAAGAAGAAUACAUGCUGAAGGUGGGAGUGGAGAAAUUUUCAGCAGAAGCAAAGAAGAACAUUCCAUGGAGGAAAAUUCUGGAAAUGGGACAGAAGGUGUUCCACGAAACACGUACUCCAUCUGAUCUCAAGGACAAGUGGAGAAACAUGACUGGCGCAAGAUUAAAGAACAAACAAGACAGCACAACAGUCCCUGGUAUGUAACCGAUAAUUGGUGACUCCAAUUAGGAGAUGAUCCUGGAACCGUGAAGGUUCUGAGAAGCUAAAUAAAGAAUUCAUUUAUAUGAAACACGUUUUAUUUGAACUUCACGAAGCCGUUUUUAUCUACGUUGCCAAUAUUAACAUGUGGUAUCAAA